AUGUCAAACGUGCACAAUGUCCCCAUAUUGAUCAAUCAAUAUGUUGCCGCGGCCGGGAACGAUGAGCAAGCGUGCCAGGCAUAUGUCAGUGAGGUUAUCGAGAUGCUCAGCACGAAAGAGGUCACGUUGCUCCAGUUUAUACAGAAACUAGGCCCCACGUUAACGUCGGAGCAAGGGUUGGUGCGAAGCAAGGCGAUGAGCUUCAUGGCCCAUAUAUUGAGAGAUCUCCAGCCGACUAGUCAAUUGUCGAGACAAGAUGUGACGGUCUUGAUUGACUUUUUGAUGACCAAGUUUAAUGACGAGUUGAGUUUGAUUCACGCAUUGAACGGGUUAAACUCGUUGAUCCGGUCCAAGAACUACAUGGCAAAGUUGAACACGGGCAAGAUUUUGGCCAAAUUGAACGACGCGUAUGACCCAAAGAAGAAUCUAGCAAAAGUGAGAUACGAGGCAUUCCAGAUAUUGUCAGGCCUAAUGGAAAAUCACCUCGAGGUUGUGCAAAGAAAUGAUAGCGACGACAAGAUUUUUGUCAAGACAUUUAUUCACAUUGCCUCGGGAGAGAAGGACCCCAGAAACCUUUUAUUGUCGUUUAAAUUGAACAAGGAAAUUAACGAAAAAAUAUUCGACUUUGACGAAGCCAACGAGUCUCAUGAAGAUUUGAUAACCGACUUGUUCGAUGUCUGCUUCUGCUACUUCCCAAUCUCGUUUACGCCUCCGGCCAACGACCCAUACAAGAUCACUGCCUCGGAGUUGAAAGAAAAGUUGAGACUCACAAUUGCUUCUCAAUCCGGAUUUGCUCCCGAUGCCUUUCUGGGUCUCGUUGAAAAGCUAGCAUCUACAAACCCAGCGAUCCGAAAAGAUACUUUAAAGACUAUCAACUUGUGUGUUGAAAACUAUUCAGCCGAGGCUUUGGAAGCGCAGUGGCUGGUGCUAUGGAGUGCAUUGAAAUUCGAGAUUCUCCACAAUGACGCUGCAGUGUUUAAAGCCAAUGUGAAAACCAUAAUCCCCACUGAUAUUCACGAGAUUGACGACAACGACGACGUAAAGGUGGUUUUUUUAACCAUGACGAUACUCGAGAGUUUAAUUCGAAAAGUUAAAAGGCCUGCGGACAUGUUGAGAAUUGUGAUUGACGAACUACGCCCCAACUUGACAAGUGAAAAGUCGUCAAAGCAGUCGGUCAUCAUCUUGUCAAUUUUAGCAAGCACAUCUGUCGAAAACUACAAUGCUGUCGUUGACACCCUUUUCCAGUACAAGACGUGGGGAAAGUACUUUAACGUUGAAGAUGAGGUGGAGGAAGAAAAAGAAGGAGAUGAAGGAGAGGAAGAGGACAAGAAUGCGGACUUUAGCUUGAAUGUCGCUCGUCAACGUGAUUUAGUGGACAAUUUAGGAUUUGUUUUGACCGCUUACCCCGUGUCUGGCAAGACACAUCUUUCCAAUUACAAGGACCACAUUCUCUUGUUUUUAUGCCAGUUGUUGACCAACUCCUCUCAUUUGGAAAAGACGUUGAGGGUCAAGGCCGUGCAGCAGUCCAUCAAGUUGAUAUCGUUGCCGCAAUUUUUGACUAUCACGAAUGUCGAGUUGAUUUUAGACAAUUUCAGAAGGAUUUUAGAGGAGAAUUUGGCUAGCCAAGUGACAACGGAUAUGGUACUGUCUGAGAUUGUGAAGGGACUAUCCGAGAUUAUGGAAGAGAACCCUGCAGUAACGUCGUUGGUGAUUGAAAAACUAGUCAACCCUUUGUUGAACUCCUUGAAUGCACAGGAGGUGGACAAGAAGGAGGAGCGUGACAAUAACAAUGACAAUGAAAACGAAAAUGAAGAUGAAGAAGAAGGAGAAGAAGAUGGUGAUGAGGACAAUUCGUACAAGGCUGUUCUUUCCAUUAUUGGAGACCUCUGCGUGAAUUAUCAAGUUUUGGAGGUGUUGUCCAUCAGGUUGGUGAGCAAGAGCAACGUUUCGGCAAAAAGAUUCCAGCUAAUUGUGGAAACUCUUGCAUCUUUGAUCGAAAAAGUGGAGAUUAUCCACCAGUUUUUAACAAACUCGUGGUACCAAACUUUCUUGCCUCGAUUUCUAGCCACUAUGCGCAGAGUUAUUGGCGACAAGAGUACUAAUUACGUUUUAGUUGAAGCAGUAGGUGACCUUGUGCGACUAAUAAUCAGGUUCAUUGACGUGGCAAAGCACCAAGCGCUCUUGGACGAGUUCCACAAAGUAUUCUUUACCCAGUCGCUGUCCAACUCGACAAAAGUUUUCCACUACGAUGGUGAUUUAUUAGAAACGCCCACAGUGUACAUUAGCAUCUUCAAUAAGAUAUUGUCCGCCAUUGACAAAUCGUGCCAGCUCGAUACCGCAGCAAGCGCAGUAGCUUCGGUUGUGAAGUUGAUUCCCGGUUUGACAAGCGGCGGAUACGUGAGAGUGCAAUACUUGGAAAAUCUUUGUUUACUAGUCAACAAGUUCCAAACGGGUACGCAACCCAUCAACUGGAGUUUUGACGAUUUGAACCUGUUUGAAAUUGAUAUAUGGACGUUGAAGGCGUUGCUUUUGAAAAUCGAUGCUCUGGGCAUUGAGCUGCUAAAGAAGUUGCUCGCUUACUUGACGGAUGAUCAAGCAACGCCAAGGCAAAAGCAAUUGAUUGCAAGAUCACUACCAAUACUUUUCAUCGACAUCAACCUAUUCACAAACCCACCGUUGCCCAAAAAGGUCAUUUCCAAAGUGACCAACCUCAAUGUGAAGCUCCUAUACAAGCAGCACGUUUUUGAGAUUGUACUUCCAUAUCUUCUAGAACUGAGUCCAGAUGCAAAUACACCGCCACGUGAAUUCGAACUCAAGUUCUUUGCCUUGUCGUUGAUUGUUGAAAACGUAUCGACAAAGAUCUUGAUUCUGCACUUGACCCAAUUCCUUCCAUCUGUGUUCAAAGCAUUGCGCACUCCUGUUGCUAGUUCAAGCAGCAGCAGCAGCAGCAGAAGCAUCAUUUGCAAAUCGUCGUUACGUAUUCUACGGAUCAUUCUUGAACAGGAUAACCAACAAUCGACGAGCAUGAUCAAACCCAACUUGAGCGAGUUGAUAACUAUAUUGUUGAAGUUUGCAACUGGUGGUGGUGAUGAUGGACAGGGCAAGCAAGGCGAAUCAAUCAGAUUGUUGAGCUUGUCUGCGUUGGGAUUGCUCUUUGAAAAGUUUGAUUGCGAAAGACAUCGAAAGUAUGUGUUGAAGAAUUUGGAAAAAUGCUUGGAUGAUAAUCGAAGGUUGAUUAGAAAGUCAGCUACUGAUUUGAGACAAAAAUUGUACGAGAUGAGGUGA